CAUGUUACUUUUCUGCCAAAAUAAUUCAAAUUUGCAGAUCCCCACAUAAAUCUUGAAAUCUUUGUGUGUGUGUGUUUAUGCAAUGUACUCGAAAUCUUGGUUGAUUUUCUUGAAUUUUGUUGUGGGUUUGUUUAAUUUUGGAUUUGCAGGAGACCCUUUUGUGUAUUAUGACUGGACUGUAUCUUACAUCACUGCUUCACCACUUGGAGUUAAACAGCAGGUGAUUGCGAUAGAUGGGCACUUUCCAGGACCGCUUCUUGAAGCAACAACAAAUUGGAAUGUUGUUGUCAAUGUAAAAAAUGAUCUCGAUGAGCCUGUCCUUCUCACAUGGAAUGGGAUUCAACACAGAAAGAACUCAUGGCAAGAUGGUGUGUUGGGGACAAAUUGUCCAAUUCCUGCUGGUUGGAAUUGGACAUAUCAGUUUCAAGUCAAGGAUCAAAUUGGCAGUUUUUCCUACUUUCCAUCAACAAAUUUCCAACGGGCUGCAGGUGGGUAUGGAGGAAUCAUUGUCAACAAUCGAGACGUUAUUGCUGUACCUUUUGGAACUCCAGACGGAGACAUUUCACUUGUUAUCGGGGACUGGUUUGUAAAGAGUCAUAAGGACCUUAGGAAGGAUAUUGAAAACGGGGUCAAUCUUGGAUCUCCUGAUGGCGUAUUAAUUAACGGGCUAGGUCCGUAUCGCUAUGAUAGUACCAUUGUUCCUGAUGGUAUUACAUAUCAGGUAAUAAAUGUUGAACCAGGAAAAACAUACAGAUUUCGUGUGCACAAUGUUGGUAUCUCCACAAGUUUGAACUUCAGAAUUCAGAACCAUAACAUGCUUCUUGUAGAAACCGAAGGUUCAUACACAGUACAGCAGAACUAUACAAACAUGGAUAUUCAUGUUGGCCAAUCGUUUUCUUUUUUGGUGACUAUGGAUCAAGGUGGCAGUAACGAUUAUUACAUCGUUGCCAGUCCACGGUUUGAAAAUUCAACAAAAGCUUCGGGAGUUGCCAUUUUGCACUAUUCGAAUUCUCAAGGGCCCGCUUCUGGCCCGCUUCCAGAUCUUCCAAACGAAUCCGACUCAUCGUUCUCAAUGAAUCAAGCAAGAUCCAUAAGAAUGAACGUUUCUGCUGGAGCAGCUCGUCCAAAUCCACAAGGGUCUUUCAAAUAUGGUGAAAUUACAGUAACAGAUGUAUAUGUGCUCCAAAAUAGGCCACCCGAGCUUAUAAAUGGAAAAAGGCGUACUACUCUAAAUGGUAUUUCCUUUUUUGUUCCUUCAACACCAUUGAAGCUUGCUCAACAAUUUAAUGUUUUGGGAAUCUUCAAGCUUGAUUUUCCAAAUAGACCAAUGAACCGCCCUCCGGUAAUCGAUACGUCUGUAAUUAAUGGUACAUACAAAGGCUUUAUUGAAAUUAUACUCCAAAACAAUGAUACCACCGUUCAGAGCUACCAUUUGGAUGGUUAUGCAUUUUUUGUAGUCGGGAUGGAUUAUGGAGUUUGGACAGAAAACAGCAGAAGUGUUUACAAUAAGUGGGACGGAGUGGCUCGCAGUACUACUCAGGUUUUUCCUGGAUCAUGGACUGCAAUUUUGGUAUACCUUGAUAACGCCGGGUUGUGGAACCUUCGAGCACAAAAUCUAGAUUCAUGGUACCUUGGCCAAGAAGUUUAUCUGAAUGUGGUUAACCCUGAAAACAACGAGCUUCCUUUGCCCGAGAAUGCCAUCUACUGUGGGGUACUUUCAUCCUUGCAAAAGGACCAGGCUCAAAGAGUUAGAUUUUCUGGUGCACCUUCGGUUCCCAUGGUAAUCACAAGAGUCUUAAUCGCAUUGAUCAUCACAUUUGUUGUUACUUUCAUGAGGUAACACCAUUGGCAGCCAUGGUUGAGCAGUCAAAACAUCAUCACAAGAGUUAAAUUUUGAUACACUCAUAGGGAAUUUUUUUAGAUUGUAUUGUUCCCAUGAUGCUGCUAGCUCUGUUAUCAUUACUCUAAUUGUAACUAAACCUAAACUCCAUUCCUUAGUGAAAAGUCAUGAUUGCCCCUGUAAACCGUGGCACGGCAUCAAGAUAUGUUCACUGUUGUAUUGGAGUCUUUAGUAUCAGCUUAACUACUGGCUGGCUUGUAUAUUGUGCAUUGGCGUAUGUACUAUUGUGAGCUUUGCUUUU